ACCGUGACCUUUCAUUCCCUUUUGUCUGCUUUUUAAAGAAGUGUACUGUUUCAUGUAAAGGCAUUGCAUGCUGUGUUAACUUAUAACAUGCCGCGGGGUUCUUUUUAUGUUAUUUUACAUCUAAUAAACAAUGAAUAGUGUUAGUGCAUAAGGACUAACUCAAAGGGAGUUCCAAAGCAUGCAAGCUUUGAAAUAUAACUGGAUGAGCUAGUUCAUUUAUUCUGAUUGGUCAUUCUUGUUGUUGUUGUUGUUGUUUUUUGACGGCAGCAUGGCAACAGUAUGAAGUUCAUUUCCUCCCAAAAGUACUGAAAGUGUUGUUAUUAAAUUCAAUAUAAGAAUAAUAGGAAUCCUUAUUGGUAUUCUUUGACAUUUGUUUGAGAUUUCUGUUUGCAAACAUUGCCAAUGUGCCUUCUGGGAAUUCUUCAUUUUUCUCAGUUGGCGUGAAACCUAAAAGUGCCAGACUAAAUUUUGACCCUUAGCCACGCCCACUCACUAAACCGUGCCAUUUCCCCACAAGGUGGAGGAAGAAACUGUCCAAAGCUGUAAUCAGCACACCUUACAGUGAAUAAACCGGGACCUGUCCUGAUGAGUCCACUCCUCCAUGCGGAACAUUUUAGGCUUUUUUUGUUUUUAAAUAUUUGUUAAUUUUGUGUUUCUGUGGUGAUUUGCAAGAAUGUUUGACUCAUAUGUAAUAUUUAUUUUGAAACUGUGUCUUCAUAAAUAUAUUUUUUUGUUUUUCCAGCCAUGUUCAUACUAAUCUGCCGCUACAACCGCGUGUUCGCCUACCCCGGCGAUGACGUCACGCUGUCCUCUCACCUCUCGCCCGAAACCAACGCGGUGUCCAUGGAGGUCCGGUGGUUUCGGGGAACAGAAUGCAUUUACCUGUAUAAAAACGGGCAGGUGAGCGUCGGGAAGGGCUACGAGGGCCGGGCGAGUCUGUUCACCCCGGAGCUGAAGAGAGGAAACGUGUCUCUGAUCCUGAAAUCCAUCGCACCCAUGGACACGGGAACCUACAGCUGCCAGGUGCUUACUGGCCACAACAAGGUGGAGAAGUCGAUACAUUUAUAUAUGUCAGGAAUGGAGCCACUUUCACCUGAUAGAACAGGACCGAAGCUCACGGAACAGGAGAGCGUGGACAUGGACGAAUCUGUCCUCAUACUUGAGUUGAAGAAAUUAUUGCAGCAACGGGAAAAAGAGCUUCAAGAUAAAACCCGAGAGCUGGAAACCACAACUGAAAUGCUGAGGACAAAGUCGAGUCUCCUGCUGUACACGGACAUGGACCUGGAGAACAUGAGCAAACUGGCAAAUCAGAAAGAGGAACAUAUAAAGAGCAUGGUGAGCGAGCUGGAAACGUGCAAGAGGCAACUGGAGAUGCUGGGACAGAAACUGCAGGAGAAGAACGCACAGGUCGAGGAGCUUCGAGUCAUCCUGCAGGACAAAGAGCGAGAACUGGAGGAGGAAAAGAAACAUCUAGGGGAAGGUGAAGAACAGCAGAUUACAGAGGGACUGAAGAACACCACACAAGACACCACAGACACAGAGGAAUCCCCCCAGUUACUUGAGUUGAAGAACCUAUUGCAGAACAAGGAAAAAGAACUUGAAGAUAAAACAAAGCAGCUGGAGAGCGCAACAGGAGAGUUGACGAGGAUGACAAAGCUGCUGCAAGAUAGAGAGACGGAUGUGGAGAAUUUAGCACAAGAGCGAGACGAACAUGUGAAGAACAUGACCGGUGAGAUGGAAAUGUGUUUAAGGGAACUGGAGACCCUGGGACAGAAACUGCAGGAGAGGCACGCACAGGUCCAGGAGCUUCAAGUCAUUUUAAAAGACAAAGAGCGGGAACUGGAGGAGGAAAAGAAACACCAAGGAGAAAGAGAACGUGUGAUUACAGCGAAUGUUUCUCACGGGCCGUUCGUCUUCGAACUCCUGGAGAAGAGCGAUGACAUGCUGAGCAAAAUGUACCAAAACCCGGAGGAGCAGCUGGAAGAGCUGAAGAGCUGGCUUUACGUAAAGAGAGAGGAGAGAAGACUGAGAGAAGAGGAGGAGAGGACGCAAAUUCUUGAAAAAGAGUUUCUCGAUUACAUCUCGGCGGUGAAAGAACUGAUCGGAAAGAAACACGAGAAGAACGUGGCUUGGGCAAAGAUGCUGGCUGUGCUUCAGGAUAAGCUAGAGGUUGCAGAGACGGAUGAGGAAAGGGAGGCGCUAGAGCUGCAGUUGAAGGAAGCUUUAGAAAUGCAGACGCAAGGUGAGGAACAGAUAGAAAGACUGACCGAAGGCAUAGAGGAAAAGAGGAGAGGAAUCGAGGAGAAGCACACGCAUGAGAUAGAGAAGAUCAGGGAGAAAUACAGCACCGUGUCGAAGACUGACGCGGAAACAAAUAUCCUGAAAAUCAUCCUCCCUGACGUCCAGGCGUACUUUCAGAACAUAGCCGUGAACAUGCAGAGAACUUUACACGCACAAAGACAGAUCAUAACCAACAAGAUCGCUGAAGAAAGACAAACCCCAGAUCACACAGACGUAGACGGAGUGGAAAUGAGUGUUGAGAAGAAGAUCCUGGAAAACCAAACCGACGGUCCAGUCGAGGAACGGACAGAAGUGGAAGUCGAGAUGUCGAGAUCUAUUAAGAGUAGCCCAGAAGUAAACAAUAACUGUGCAGGGACACUCGUGCAGGAAGUUGCGGAAGUAGAAGCAGAGCUACGUGCAGCCAGAGAACCGAACGGUUUCAACAGUGAGGAUCCAGAUUCGGAAGACGAGAGCGGCAAAAUGGCGAACGGCGUGAUCAUUGGAGAGGGAGAAAUAGAAGCAGGGAUAGAAGAAGAAGAAGAAGAAGAAGAGCAGGAGGAGGGUGUUCAGCAUGAGCAGAUUGUGGAUGAGAGUCCUGGGAUGAGCGAAAGGACCGUCUUUAUGAUUUACAGCAUGUACAAAUCUACAGUUAUAGAUGUGAGAUUAUUCACUGACGCAAGAGUGAGGACUUGGGAAUAAAUAGUUUUUUUAGGGACCAGCCACAGCAGCAGGUGAGUCACAAGUAUAGAAAUUCCAAGCGGUAGCAAAGGCGUAGGGUAUCAGGAUGGUGCUGUUUA